UCCAGGUUCCAUUUCCACAGGUUCCACCAGCCAUGACGGCGGAAGUUAGUGAGGUGGGAAAGGUGAUAUUCGGAAAGUUUGAUUUGAUUUCUUUUCGUUGUCGAGGCCGAAAUGUGAGACCGGCAACCAUUUGAAAGACUGUUGACCCAAUUCAUCUGGAGUACUGUUGGGCAACAAAUGACCAAUUCCUUGCCAUCUGAGUCUGAGGCCUGGGAAGACGCCUCCUUGGCCGCUGUUGGACUACGAUGCAGAGCAGUCUUGGCACAGCGCCUUGAUGUGACCCAACUUCUGGUUGGACCUUAUGGCCACAGAGACUGGAGGGGAGUAGCAGCACUUGCAGGCUUCGAUAGAGACAACAUCCAGCUGCUGGAAGAGCGUGACGGAAGUCCAACGGAGGCGUUUCUAGAUGCGUGGGGUGCCUUUGGAAGACGGAAACCAGGAAACGUAAGGCUCCUACUGCAGCACCUUGAGUUGUUGGAGCGUUUCGACGUCAUCGACGACAUUUGGUCACUUCUUGUGUCCGACGUUGAAUCCUUCACGAGGAGACAGAAUGAAUCUCCCCUCGAACCCCUUCUUCCAAGCAUUGAAGAUGGUCCUGUGUAUGAUGCCUACGUGUGCUAUACGGAGGAAGAUCGACCAUUUGUGAAGACUCUGAUUCAACGCUUGGAGACGCCGGAGCUUGGCAUUCGCCUUUUUGUCCGGGAACGGGAUCUUCAAGCUGGAGUUUUAAAAUAUACCACCUUCUAUCAGCUCAUGGAAAAAUGGUGCCGCAAGACUAUUAUUGUCCUUUCUCCGGAAUUCCGCAAGUCACGAGAGUGCUGUAUGCAACAGAAGUUUGCCGAGACUAUUGAGAUACAGAAAGCCUCUCAGAAACUAAUCCCAGUCAUCUACAAGCCCUGUACCUUGGACAGCUCUGAUGGCCUCCUCAACAUGAUCUCCAAGAUUAAUUUCUGCAAACCGGAACUGCAGGACUGGGGCUGGAAUACUCUUAUUUGCUCCAUCAAAAGCACCGGUCAGAGCUCUUUCGUCGGACAAUCACCCCAAUUGACCUCCAUCAAGGCACCCAACGUCCCAGAAGAGCUGCCCAUUCCAGAGCUGUGCACCUCAACGAAGCAGAAGGCAAAGUGGUACCGUGGACUAUUCAACCGUAGAAGAAGCUCAUCGACAGCUUCCAGUGGCUUCCAGAGUAUGGCUAGUACAACGUAACGUAGGCACCAUGAAAACUGUUUGAGGACGUCGAGGAAAUAGAUACAAACUGUCCGACUACUACCAAUUGUCCACCCGUGGCAGACUGCCAGGACUGCCGGCCUAAGUGGAACCCAAGGUUGCUUGUUUCAUUCUGGCAGGGCACAAGUUGUCCGCACAUCCCAUCGUUAAUCUAAGAUGAUCGUAGUUGUCUCGCAGCGUAACCCUACAAAUGAUAAAUUACCGUGACUGUGCACACAAAAGAAACCUGAUGUCUUAUAUUUGGCUCGCAUCACUUUGGUUAUAUUGGCUCUGAACGGAUGACAUGGUAUAGCCAUGAUGUGUUGCAACAAGCCUGCUUUCUGCUGAUUUUACUCUACAGUUGCAGUCUACUUGGUGCCAGAGUUAAGCAUACUAUACUCUUGACAUUGCAUAACAGCCCUCUGUUGCACUGGUUCAUGACGUAGUACAUCCCAGAACUAAGAGGUUUCGGAAGGUGAUUGUGCUGGUGGAAGAGGAGGUGAAUAGAGCGUUGUCGCAUGCUUUAAAUGUCCCCGAGACACGUGUGAUCCAUGCGGUAGAAUCAACUUGUAGUUAGUUUGGGUGCGUUGGAAUCAAGCACGUAACAAUAAUAGCAAUAAUUGUUAUUAAUAUUAAUAAUUAUUUAUUUCAUGAACAACAGAAUGGCCUAUGCGGGCCGUCCUUACCAUCUGCAGUGUUGUCAUGAAUCUAUAUACUUACAUAGAAGAGAAUUAACAAAACAAAACACACACACAAAAUUCAUUACAUACCACAUGCACUAAACACAAGUUGAGGAAGCGUACUAAUGCCAAUGUACCGUAAUUCUGUAUGCGAUAGAACAAUGUAUCAUUCAACAGAUGUGCCUAAAAAUACAACACUUGCAUUAUGCGACUGUCAUUAUUUGUACAGCAGCCAUUUCUUAAUUUCUUUGCACUGAGUUUUGAGGUUUUGUGGAGCAUGUGUCCAGAGAUAGCAUUGAAAACUAUUGCAAUGUAGUGCUUCUUUUGAUAUUUACCAUAAAUUACAUUGUAUCAUGGAAGACUGGUGCGGGCCAAUCGAAUUCGGUCUACCUUUGUCCUGAAUUGCUGAUUAAAAUAAUAUUUUGAAGCAGCUACACGUUCGAACAGGCUUUUAAAGGACAAAAUCUUGUAUCUUGUUAUAUCCAUUUGUUUUUAUACAUUGCUAACUAUUUUCUCUAUCCACCUAGCUUGAUAUUCCGAGCAAUUUCUAAACAGUGAAAUGCCGUAUCCCAGCAUGCUUUCUACUAAUGAUUGGUACACACAAAGAACAAUCAAAUAACUUUCGGCGGUUCUCAAUGCGGUAAUCUACUUUCUGCCUCCUCAGGUCUGUGAUGCUGCUUAUCAAAUAAAAGUAACUUUGUAAAGAAACUUAUAAAUGGAACUGCCAAAUACUUUUAUGUUAGCAUUUUACAUUACAUGCCAAUUCAUCUGUUUGAAGGCUGGAUAGAUGUACUCAUAGCGUGUCAAAACUGAAUUGAAUGUGCCAUACACAAAGUCUUCCCUUUGGCCUUCUCUGGUAAUGUGACCCUUACGAGACUCGGAAGGACCUUAUUUAAGUCACUCUUUUCUCUUCCAUGGUUGCUUCACAAGUAUGUAUAGCAACUACCAUACGAUGAUGGGUUUUCUCAAUGUUUAAUUGCAUCUAUUUUACAUAAAUUGAUGGCGGAUCUAG